AUGGAGGUGAAGCAGGAGGUGAUGGAGGUGAAGCAGGAGGUGAAGCAGGAGGUGAUGAAGGUGAAGCAGGAGGUGAUGGAGGUGAAGCAGGAGGUGAAGCAGGAGAUGAUGGAGGUGAAGCAGGAGGUGAUGGAGGUGAAGCAGGAGGUGAAGCAGGAGGUGAUGGAGGUGAUGGAGGUGAAGCAGGAGGUGAUGGAGGAGAGACCCAAGUCCACCUCGGGACUGUCCAGACCCGAGUCCACCUUGGGACUGUCCAGACCCGAGUCCACCUCGGGACUGUCCAGACCUCCUAGUUUGAAGACCCGCCCCCAAAGUUCAAAGACACGCCCCCCCAGCCUCAGGACACGCCCCCAAAGUGUGAGGAGCAAACGCAGAGGAGCGAAAUCUGGAGUUUCAGCUGAACCUUCACCAAAGGUCUACGAGUCCAGAGAGCCCACCCCAGUCCCGAAAGACCUGGGACAGCUGAACACUGUCUCCCCCUGUCUCCCCCGUUUCCCCCCCAUCUCCCCUCCUGUCUCCCCUCCUGUCCCCCCUCCUGUCUCCCCCCGUUUCCCCCCCAUCUCCCCUCCUGUCUCCCCUCCUGUCCCCCCUCCUGUCUCCCCCCGUCUCCCCCCCAUCUCCCCUCCUGUCUCCCCCGUCUCCCCCGUCUCUCCUGGUCUCCCCCCCGUCCCCCCUCCUGUCUCCCCUCCUGUCUCCCCCGUCUCCCCCGUCUCUCCUGGUCUCCCCCCCGUCCCCCCUCCUGUCUCCCCUCCUGUCUCCCCCGUCUCCCCCGUCUCUCCUGGUCUCCCCCCCGUCCCCCCUCCUGUCUCCCCUCCUGUCUCCCCCGUCUCCCCCGCCUCUCCUGGUCUCCCCCCCGUCCCACCUCCUGUCUCCCCCCGUCUCCCCCUCAGUGUGCGGGUGCAGCUGCUGAAUGCUCUGAUGAAGAACCAGUUCCUGAAGCGUUUGGAGGCGGAGCCUCUGCGUCACAUGGUCGACUGUAUGCACCAGCAACACUACCAGCAGGGGGCGCUAGUGACACAGCAGGGAGAGAGAGGGCACCACCUGUUUGUGUUGGCAGUUGGGAGUCUUGAGGUCCUUCAAAACCAGGUCCAGAUUUCGUGUCUUGUUCCUUGGACGACGUUUGGAGAACUGGCUCUGCUCUACAACUGCACCAGGACAGCAACCAUCAAAGCUCUGGAGGAGGUUCAGACCUGGGCUUUGGACCGAGAGGUUUUUCAGAACAUCAUGAGGAGGUCUGCAGAAACACGACAAGAGCAACACCUGAAGCUCCUCAAGAGUACUACUACUUCUACUACUACUGCUACUACUACUACUGCUACUACUGCACUCCCUCAUCAUCACCCCUCCCCUCCCUCAUCACCCCUCCCUCAUCAUCACCCCCUCCUUCAUCAUCACCCCCUCCCUCAUCAUCCCCCCUCCCUCAUCAUCACCCCAUCCCUCAUCAUCCCCCCCUCCCUCAUCACCCCUCCCCUCCCUCAUCAUCACCCCCUCCCUCAUCAUCACCCCAUCCCUCAUCAUCACCCCUCCCCUCCCUCAUCACCCCUCCCUCAUCACCCCUCCCUCAUCAUCACCCCCUCCCUCAUCAUCACCUCCCCUACCUCAUCACCCCUCCCUCAUCAUCACCCCCUCCCUCAUCAUCACCCCCCCUCCCUCAUCAUCACCCCCCCCCUCCCUCAUCAUCACCCCAUCCCUCAUCAUCACCCCCUCCCCUCCCUCAUCACCCCUCCCCUCCCUCAUCAUCACCACCUCCCUCAUCACCCCCUCCCUCAUCAUCACCCCCUCCCCUCCCUCAUAAUCACCCCCUCCCCUCCCUCAUCACCCAUUCCCUCCCUCAUCAUCCUCCCCUCCCUCAUCAUCCUCCCCUCCCUCAUCAUCACCCCCCCUCCCUCAUCAUCAUCCCCUCUCCCUCAUCACCCCCUCCCCUCCCUCAUCACCCAUCCCCUCCCUCAUCAUCCUCCCCUCCCUCAUCAUCACCCCCUCUCCCUCAUCAUCAUCCCCUCCCCCUCAUCACCCCUCCCCUCCCUCAUCAUCACCCCUCCCCUCCCUCAUCAUCACCCCUCCCCUCCCUCAUCAUCACCCCCUCUCCCUCAUCAUCACCCCCUCUCCCUCAUCAUCAUCCCCUCUCCCUCAUCACCCCCUCUCCUCCCUCAUCAUCACCACCUCCCUCAUCAUCACCUCCCCUCCCUCAUCACCCCUCCCCUCCCUCAUCAUCACCCCCUCACUCAUCAUCACACCCCUCCCCUCCCUCAUUACCCCUCCCCUCCCUCAUCAUCACCCCCUCCCCUCCCUCAUCACCCCUCCCCUCCCUCAUCACCCAUCCCCUCCCUCAUCACCCCCCCCUCCCUCAUCAUCACCCCCCUCCCUCAUCAUCACCCCCCCCUCCCUCAUCACUCCUCCCCUCCCUCAUCAUCACCCCCUCUCCUCCCUCAUCAUCACCACCUCCCUCAUAAUCACCUCCCCUCCCUCAUCACCCCUCCCCUCCCUCAUCACCCCUCCCCUCCCUCAUCAUCACCCCCUCACUCAUCAUCACCCCCUCCCCUCCCUCAUCACCCCUCCCCUCCCUCAUCAUCACCCCCUCCCCUCCCUCAUCACCCCUCCCCUCCCUCAUCACCCAUCCCCUCCCUCAUCAUCACCCCCCCUCCCUCAUCAUCAUCCCCUCUCCCUCAUCAUCACCCCCCUCCCUCAUCAUCACCCCCUCCCCUCCCUCAUCACCCCUCCCCUCCCUCAUCAUCACCCCCUCCCUAA